UCCCAAGUCCCCCCUUCAAAUAUAUGAGUUCUUCUCUGAUAACUAUUAUACUUACAUAAACAGAUGAGUUCAUUUAAUUAUGCUCUUAUAUAUACCUAUGUGUGCUCUUGUAUGUUUAGUGCAGUUAGUUCAGGAUUAGAUAACUUAUGAGGAGGCUUACCUCUGGAGAAAAUUCAUCUCUCUGCAACCUCUCUGUAGCUCCUGGUCUAGGGUGCCAUAUCAGUAGGAGCUGUCAUGAUGCAGGUCCUAUUUGGGGAACUUUGUUGAGAUUUCAUUGGCUAUAUCAUCCCUGCCAUGUCUCGAAGACACUAUCUAGCAGCAUGUGUCCUGUCCCUGUCCUUCCGGUUCUUAUAGUCUUUCCAAUCCUCUAUCAAAACGUUCCCUGAGCCUUAGGUAUAGGGGUUAUCUUAUGCAUCUAAAAUUUGGGAUCCCACAAUUUGUCUUCUGACCUCUACAUGCAAACUGAAGCACACCAAUGGUCACUCCAAAGAGAAUACUUGUGAAGAUUUGUAUUUGAUCUUCAAUUGGAUAGAUUAUUUUAUGUUGCUUUAGAUCCCCUACUGUCUGGAAAUACAACAAUUCUGUUACUCAUAUCUCUCCAGGCCUUUUUCUGUUUUAAUUUCCUUCAAGAGAAGACAGUUCAGCAGCUGCCCAACCAUCCUGUUCAGUAGGUCUAGUCACAUUUACUAAGUCCAUGCACUUUUAGCCACAUCAAGCAAGAAUGCUGCAUAAGUAGUAAGCAGGAUCAUGAGCUGACAGUCACUUUCUGUCCCCUUUAGUGUCACCUGAAGAGACAGAAGUGAAGGUGGAGAAGGUGGAGAGUAGAAGUUUUAAUUGUUUUACUUCAAUCUUUAAAAGAUUUUAUAAGAAGUCUGUCAUUCCUGAAGUUAUGGAAGAACCUCCAGCUGCUCCAGCUGCUCCAGCUGCUCCAGCUGCUCCAGCUGAUGUUGUGCAUACAUCUGAAGAAAUACUACAAACCCAAAGGAAAGAGAUAAAUGUACUGUACCAAGCCCCACCUCAAUCUUCAGAUGAAGAUAUGCUUGAAGAGGAGGAGGAGGAGGAGGUGGAGGAGACGGUGGAGGAGGCGGCGGAGGAGGAGGUGGAGGCAGAGGAAGAAGAGUUGGAGGAGGUGGUAGAGUUGGAGGCAGCAGGGGAAGAGGCAGAGAAGGAGGAAGAAGAGGAGGAGGAAGAGGAGACGGCAGCGGCGGAGGAGGAGGCAGAGGAAGAAGAGUUGGAGGAGGUGGUAGAGUUUGAGGCACCAGGGGAAGAGGCAGAGAAGGAGGAAGAAGAGGAGGAGGAGGAGGAGACGGUGGAGGAGGUGGCGGCGGUGGUGGAGGAGGAGGCAGAGGCAGAGGAAGAAGAGUUGGAGGAGGUGGUAGAGUUGGAGGCAGCAGGGGAAGAGGCAGAGAAAGAGGAAGAAGAAGAGGAGGAGGAGGAGGAGUGGGUGAAAAGCUACUACCGAUAAAAAUAUAAUGCCUAUAAUCAUGUAUAAAUGUUUUUUGUUUUUAUUUCUAUGUCUCUGAGUAUGCCCACUGGAGUCACCCCUCCAGGGUGUGAAAUUCCCUGGAGCUGUUGUGAUAGACAGUUGUGACCCAUCCAUCCUAUGUAGCUACUUAGAACUGAGCUCCAGCUCUCUGUAAGAGUAGCAAGCACACUUAGCUACUGAGCCAUCUUUCUAGUACUCAAAUCUCUAUCUUGAAGGCACAUUUGAUAUUUUGAUAGUAUCCAUCCACAGAUACAGAUAGGUUUAA